GACCAAGCCAUUCAGGAAGAAUUUCACACUUUCGCAGAUUGGUUGCAUCUGGUAUUUGAGCAAUGCAGAAGCGAGAAGAUUCGUGUGCUGGUUAUGGUUUGUUGGAUGAUUUGGAAAAGUCGGAAUGAUCUAGGGGGUGUUUGGUUGGAGGUUUAUGGGCUUGGUAAACGGGAAUGGGCUUCUCAUUCCGUAAACUUAUGUUUGGAUUAAAUUUUUAAGACAAGGGAAUGGGAACUCUUGUACCACUAGCCUGUUAACACAAACCUGGCCAAUACCCUGGGUUACCAAAAUUGAUUCCCGGUCUCGACAUACAUCUUCUCCCUCAUUUCUUCGUCAGUUCUCUUCGCCUGUCCGUCUAUUUCGCCCCUUUCUCUCUCUCUCACACGUCAUCUCGCCUCUCUCUCUAACAGUCUCUCUCUCCUCUCCAUCUCUCCCUCUCUCCACUCUCAGUCUCUCCUCUCCAUCUUUCCCUCUCUCCACUCUCCAUCUCUGCAUCAUAUUGCUCCAUAGUGAAGGCUCCUUCCAAGUAAUGGCUCAUUUGGGAGUGACACGGAGAAGCAGAGUAUUGUUAAAGCUUCAAGUUAACAUAAUGAUAAUCAAGUUUUUCGUUAUUUUUGUUCCUUGGUAUUUGAUGGGUAUAACACUAUUGAGUGAAUCAUAUUUUCGGAAGAGGACGAGGGAGAGAAUGAUUCAUAGACUAGCUAAUUUAAAUAGCUUGAUCAAAGAUAGUGAUAUUGGAUGUAUAAAUGAACUUCGUAUGAAUAGGUCCACAUUUAAUGUGCUUUGUGAGAUGCUUAGAGAUAUCGGAGAUUUAAGAGAAACUAAAAAGAUGAGCUUAAACGAGACAGUUGCAAUAUUUUUGUACAUUUUAGCUCAUCACCAGAAGAAUAGAACAAGUGGAAAUUAUUUUGUGAGGAGUGGGGAAACCAUAAGUAGACAAUUUAAUCGUUGCCUUCUAGCUGUCUUGAAGUUACAUGUCCAUUUGCUCAAGAAACCUUCACCAAUAACCGAAGGAUGUGCAGAUAGAAGGUGGAAAUAUUUUAAGAAUUGUCUUGGAGCCUUAGAUGGUACUUAUGUGAGUGUUCAAGUGCCUUCUAGAGAUAGGGAAAGGUAUCGUACUAGAAAGGGUCAUCUUGCAAUGAAUGUUUUGGGUGUCUGUUCACCGGAUAUGCAGUUUAUAUAUGUCUUACCUGGAUGGGAGGGUUCAGCGCAUGAUGGUCGUGUCCUUCGUGAUGCUAUAUCUAGACCUCAUGGUUUGAGAAUCUCCCAAGGUUGUUACUAUUUGGUUGAUGCCGGUUAUGCUAAUAGUGAUGGAUUUCUCGCUCCAUAUAGAAGACAACGUUACCAUCUUAAUGAAUGGAAGGAAGGCCGUGUACCUCGAUCUAGUGAAGAAUAUUUUAACAUGAGACAUUCAAAAGCUAGAAAUGUUGUAGAACGGUGCUUUGGUGUGCUUAAAGAAUGUUGGGGAAUCCUUCGGAGUCCUUCUUUUUAUCCGGUUCGCACUCAAGGUAGAAUUGUAAUGGCAUGUUGCUUACUACAUAAUCUUAUUCGAAGAUAUAUGCCAAGUACGAGAAAGACUAAUGAUGAUGAUGAAGAAGAUGAUGAUGAGGAUGAUGAUGAUGAUGAUGAUGAUGAUGAUGAUGAGAUGGAUGAUGAUGAUGAUCUCGAAGAUGAUCCUUAAUAUAUUGAAGUUGUUAGAACAAUUCAGACAUCUCAUUUUUGGACCAACUAUAGAAAUCAACUUGCUUUGGGGAUGUACAAUGAGUGGAGAAAUAGAAGUUAGAAGUCAGCAUUUCAUCCAAAUUUAACGACGACAAAAACUUCUGACUGGAUUUAGGAAGAUCAUCCACACUUGAUCGGAUUAGUAGCAGCAGUUAAAGAGAAGUGUGAUUACAGACUGGAGCAGUAGCAUUAUUUACUUGUUGGGAAUGCUACUGGAGACUAGUGUAGUCAAUAAGACCAUUAAUAUACUACUGAAAUUAUUACAAUCUCAUUUACUUGCAUAAUACUAGUGGUAAAAUCCCUUAGUCCAA